AGGGGGGUUCAGAAAACGGAAGCAUGACAAUUUUCCACAUGGCCAAAGAAGAGAGGAAAAAGAGAACGUUAAUCCAUCAUCAGCUUUGAUGAUGUCUUUUAAAUCCUUUCAACUGGAGCUCGACACCAGGCACGACAAAUACGAGCGGCUCGUGAAGCUCAGUCGUGAUAUAACCAUUGAAAGCAAAAGAACGAUAUUUCUGCUCCAUAGGUUUACCAGUGCUCCUAAUGGUGAAGAAAUACUAAAUGAAUCUGAAGCCAAGUUAGAUGCUGUUAGAAGGAAGAUUAAGCAGGUUGCACAAGAACUCAUUGGAGAAGACAUGUAUCAGUUCCACAGAGCUAUAUCUCCAGGGCUUCAAGAGUAUGUUGAGGCAGUUUCAUUUCAGUAUUUUAUCAAAACACGAUCUUUAGUUAGUGUUGAAGAGAUCAACAACCAACUAAUAUUUACAGCAGAAGACAAAGAAGAAAUAACAAACAAGCCUUGUGACUCCCAGGACAAGCAGCCGCCCACCUGGAGCCUGAAGGUGACCCCCGUGGAUUACCUGCUGGGAGUGGCGGAUCUCACCGGCGAGCUCAUGCGACUGUGCAUCAGCAGCGUGGGGAAUGGGGACAUAGACACACCCUUUGAACUGAGCCAGUUUUUACGCCAAAUUUAUGAUGGUUUUACCUUUAUUGGCAACACUGGACCUUACGAAGUGUCUAAGAAGCUGUAUACCCUGAAACAGAGCCUGGCCAAAGUAGAGAAUGCCUGCUACACGCUGAAGGUUCGGGGAUCCGAGAUCCCGAAGCACAUGCUGGCGGAUGUGUUCUCCACCAAAACUGAACUGAUUGACCAAGAGGAAGGUCUUUCCUAA